AUGGCAUUCUGGAAUAGCACCCGCAAAGCAGCAGAAGACUCAGCCUCGGCGACCGAGCCGGCAAUUUCAACUCAGGCGCAGAAGAUCACUGCGGAGUUGAAACAGCAGAUAAGCCAGGAGUUGGCCGCCGCUAACGCUACUGAGUUGGUGAGAACUAUAACGGAGAAUUGUUUUGACAAAUGCGUUGAAACACCAAAGGGGUUUCUUGACGCCGAGGAGAACUCAUGCAUUGCUCAGUGUCGAGAAAAGUACAUGCGGUCCUGGAAUGUCAUUUCCAGAGCUUAUAUCGCUAGAAUCCAGGAACAGCUGCAGUUUGGAAGGUGA